AUGCCACGCAUUCCGACACGGCUCCUCCGCAAAGCGUAUGCUAUAGAUCCCCUGCUACCCGCUCUCCUGGCGCCCUGUCGCGACCUCGCCGCCGCGCAGGGCGAGCUGCGAUGGCUGCGUGAACACGUCGAGCGAGUCGCGCAAGCGCGUCGUGCACGCGGUGAUGAGCUGGCAAAGGGCGCGCUUCUGAGGCAGCUGGUCAGCGAAAGAGCGUCGGGGAAGCCGCUGCAGUACACGCUCGGAACUGAAUAUUUUGGAGACUUGGAGAUUCGGUGCAGACCCGGCGUGCUGAUCCCCAGGCAAGACACUGCGGCCUCAAUCACGCAUCUUGUCCAUCUCCUACGUGAUGCGCCCAGCCUGCCUCCAGAACUACGGCUGCUGGACCUCUGCACUGGCACUGGCUGCAUCCCCCUCCUGUUCCGGCACGAGCUAUACUCGGCGCGCCAGGACGUCCACUUGCGUGCGCUUGCCGUCGAUGUGUCAGAGGAAGCUUUGGCUCUAGCACGUCACAACCUGCGAAGCGUGGACGCGAGCAGAGCCGGCACAAAACAGGACCGCAUACAUUUGCUGAAGGCAGACGUCCUCCUCGAUCCAUUCGCAGACCAAGUCACGGGAGCACCCUCACUAAAGGCCGCAAUGAACGAUUACCGCCAGCCACCCUUUUGGGACAUUCUCAUCUCCAAUCCGCCGUAUAUAUCACCAUCGGACUACUGGAAGACGACCACACGCUCCGUGAGAGGCUACGAGCCGAAGCUGGCGCUGGUGCCGCCGCAAAGCCCACAUAUAGACGACAUCCAGACGGCCGAUGCCUUCUACUCCCGACUCCUCGAUAUCGCGCGCGACGUCGAGGCUAAGAUUGUGCUUCUGGAAGUGGCAGAUCUGGAACAAGCCCACCGAGUUGCUCAGCACGCCAGGGCACUCGAGAUUUUCGACGGCAUCGAGAUAUGGCGAGAAGAUCCUGGCGCUUCUACUCCCUCUCCCUCAGACACGACCAGCUUCUCCAUCGUCGGCGAGGGUAAUGCUCGAUCCGUCUUGUGCUGGCGUGGAGCAGGGUCCUCGUGGCUCGGCAAAGCUGCCCCAGCAGACGCACCCCACGAUGCACAGCCAAAACGCAAGGCGGAGCAAUCAGUAUCUCCCCCAAAGACAAAAAAGCCCAAAAUCGUUGUCCCGGAGUACCAUCUCACACCAUCGAGGCAAGAUGAGUCUGGAGAGAAUGUGUGGCCUGCUCGAGCAGAGCAAAUUGACAGGGCAAGGGAGAUCAUCAAAGAAUGGUUUGCCUUCCUUGAUUUCCAUCAAUAUGGCAACGGACUUACGUUUUGCAGUGCUCGAUCUGGAAAACAAACCCUCAUACUUCCGGACAAAGAUGCGGAUGGUCUCUCUUCCGGCAGUAUAUUACACCAUACUUUGACUACCCUCGGACUCUCGCCCUCUAUGAUCUCAGUCUACUUUCCCUCCAAAGGGGCUAACAUUCAUGAUGAAUCCACUGCAGACGCCAUUUCUGCAGUCUCUCCAACUUUCAUCUUCGUCUUAGAUCAGGGAUCGCGAAACACGCCACCCCUGACACCAGCACCGCACACAUGCCUCGUCAUCGACCAUCACUUUGCCGACGAGUGCGGCUUCCCCGACGGUGCAGACUACGUAACAGCACACGACUGCCCACCCGUCGCUACCAGUGCACUUUUGACGUACCACAUUUGCCUCCCCCUUCAUGCCGACCUCAGUGAUAAAAUCUCGUGGCUCUGUGCUCUGGGAACCCAUGGCGAUCUUGGAAGCACUAUAAAAUGGCAACCUCCGUUCCCGGAUAUGGCCCAGACCUUCAAACAACAUCCUAAGAAAACCGUGAACGACGCCGUCGCACUCGUCAACGCGCCUCGACGAUCCGCUGCUUACAACGUAAAAGAUGCAUGGGACGCCGUUAUUGCCGCAAUAUCACCCUCAGAGAUAACCAAGAAUGAAAAGCUACAUGAAGCUAGUUUCGAAGUGCGACAAGAGACAGAAAGGUGCACGCAUACGCCACCGAACUUCUCUGCAGAUGGAAGUAUUGCGCUUCUGACCAUUAGCUCGAAAGCCCAGAUUCAUCCCGUCAUCGCAACGCGGUGGAGCGGGCAUCUUAGGUCAAACAAACUCGAAAUAGUCAUGUGUGCAAACGAAGGAUAUCUACCCGACAAGGUCAAUUUUUCGUGUCGUGUUGCGAAGAUCGCAAGAGCAAGAGAAGGGGUUGAGAAGGUUGAUAUCAUCAAAAAGCUUGAGAGUAUAGUCGUAGGUGAUGGCGAUUUGAGGAAGAGACUUGGUGACAGUUUUGCUAGAGGUCACAAAGAGGCUAGUGGCGGUAUAGUCGGAAAGGCUGAGUGGGAAGAGUUCAAGAAGCUGAUGGGCAUUGGAGAGGCGGAGAGGAUCAAGAAGGAAGAGAAGGAGAAGAAGGAGGACAAGAAAGUGCAGAAGAAUACGUUAGCAAAUUACUUUGUUCAACCGGCGAAGAAGAACGAAGCAUAG